AUGGCUUCAAUUGUGACACAAGAUAAUGUAGCUAGUGCAGAUGAGAUAGAAAUAGAACUUGGAGUAAUCCAACCAUCAGAAGGUAGUUCAAAUUCACAUACACGUGCGAGUUACAAUGUAAAACGGAAUGAAGACAUCACACCCAACAAUGCAAAACUAUGUACCGUGAAACAAGGCAAUGACAAUGAUGAUAUACAAGUAAUCACUUACAAUGGGGAUGCAGAUCAAACUGUAAAUCGUCAGAGUUAUCAUAUUAACAGACCCUUGUUCUCUGAGAAAGAUUUCCAAAAUGAAUAUAAAGAGAAUGAUCUCCAUUAUGUACCGUACAACCAAAAAUUAAAAAAAAAGAUCAAGAAUUGUCGAUGCGGUAAAAGUUGUUGCAAGGGAUGUAUAACAUCAACUUUUCCAAUCUUUGGAUGGCUACCUCGUUAUGCAGUACGCAAACAACUGCUAAGGGAUAUUAUAGCAGGUACAACAGUCUGUGUCAUGAACAUACCACAAGGUAUGGCAUAUGCUAUGUUGGCAUCAUUGCCUGCAGUAUAUGGUCUAUAUCUAAGCUUCUUUGCUCCCCUUGUAUAUGCAGUGACAGGAACUAGUAAAGAUCUAGCAGUUGGUACAUAUGCAAUUGGUAGCCUAAUGGUGAGGGCAGCUAUACAGGAUGUAGUACCCCAAUAUCCUCUCGAUGAACCUCCUACUAAUUAUAUGGAGUAUAAUAACACAAAUACUACAGCAAUAUCACCACCAGAAUGGAACAGAGAACAAGAAUUGGUGGAUGCUGCUGUUAUAAUGGCUCUUUUAGUGGGCGUUAUACAGCUGGCUAUGGGCAUUCUACGUCUUGGUUGGGUUACUGUAUAUUUAUCUGAUCCGUUUAUUAGUGGAUAUCUUACUGGAGCUGCUUGUCGUGUGUUUACAAGCCAGAUAGAUGCCAUGGUAGGCGUGAAAGUAAGAGGUCAUCCUGGUUUACUUGGACUUGUAUAUACAUAUCGAGAUUUACUGGCAAGUGCUGCAGAUUGGAACUACGUGACUAUAUUGAUAUCGAUUUGUUGUGUACUAAUCCUAAUAUCAAUUAAAGAAAUAGAAACCAAAUAUAAAAGACAGCUGCAUGGGUAUCCCCUAGGCUCAGAAAUAAUAGUGGUAAUAUUGGGAGUAUUAUUUAGUUACCUAUUAAACUUAGAAGAAGAUUAUAACGUUAAAGUUGUUGGCGAUUUACCAGCUGGGGUGCCUGCACCGAGUCUUCCUUCAACUACAUACCUCACUUCCUUGAUUGGUCCUGCAUUUCCACUAGCUAUUGUGUCAUAUGCCAUUGCUAUUGUUGUUGUGUCGUUAUUUGCUCAGAAAAAGAGAUACAAGAUAGAUGCAAACCAGGAACUGAUAGCUUAUGGGGCAACUAAUGUAGUGGUUUCAUUUUUGUCCGGUUUUCCUGCUAGUGCUGCACUGGAUCGUAGCUUAGUCCAGGACUCUGCUGGAGGCACAUCACAAAUUGCUGGUCUGGUCAAUAGUGCAUUGAUGUUGGUGGUACUGCUGUGGAUUGGACCUUUAUUUGAGGCGUUGCCAACGGCGAUACUUGCUUCUAUUAUAGUUGUUACUCUGAAAGAAGUCUUUCGCAAAAUUCUAGCAGUCCCAAAACUCUUCAAGGCUGAUUUACUAGACUUUCAUGUGUGGUGGGUAAGUUGUGUUGCUGUACUUUUGUUUAAUGUUGAUUUUGGACUUGUCAUUGGAAUUGGAUAUUCCAUAUUCAUGCACGUGUGGAGAACACAGGAACCACCAUGUGCAUUGCUGGGCAGAGUAGAUGGAACAGAUCUAUACAAGGAUAUCAAACAGUAUUCAGAUGCUACAGAAUCUCGUGGUAUUAAGAUAUUCUGCAUGCAAUCGUCACUAUACUUUGUAAAUAUUGCUCACUUCAUGGCAAAGAUGUACAAGCUGACAGGAAUCAACCCUAGAAAAAUAUUGCAAAUCAAAGCUAGGGAGGAAGAAUUUGAAGAAAGAAACAAGAAGAAGCAAAGCAAAGAAAUGAAGAAAGAAGGUGUAUUGACAUCUAGAGAAACAGGAGAGGGCAAUAUACUGACACGGAGACAAGGACACUACAGCCAGCUAUCUGCCACUGUGAGUAACGCAAUCAGUGACAACAUGGAAGAUGAUAAAGACGUCAAUGAAUGGGACAAUGAACAUGAUGAAGACAUCCAUGGUUUGGAAGAGGGUGAUGGAUUAAUUAAAGAAGACAAGAUCCACACAAUUAUCAUCGACUGCUCUUCUCUUAACUUUAUUGACUCUACGGCAUUAAGUGGAUUACGACAACUUUUCAAGGAGUACCAUAAACUUGGAAUCAAGAUAUUGCUAGCUAACUGUAAAAAGGAGGUUCGUGACUUUCUUUCUAGAUGCAAUUUUUAUGAGGACGUUGGAUAUGAGGAGAAGUGUUGUGUAUUUGUCACGGUCCACGAUGCUGUCCUAAGUGCAGGUAAGCUACCAUUGACAAAGAAGAAAUCAUUACCAACUACAAAUCAUUUAUAA